CUAGAAUUCGUGAAGCGGUAGUAGUCUAACUUACUGCCAGUGGCAGUAGACCGAGUAGGUAGUGGGGCGCCACUUUAAUCAAUGGUGGUGCGUAGAGCUUCUCUUCACUAUUAGCCCCAUCAUGACGGGUGGUUGAUGCACUUAUGCACGACAGCUCAUUCUAGGUCAGGCAACCUCUUCUGCUGCAUAGAUUUCUGGCAGCAGCACACCCUUUGCCACAAGAAUGGCGGACCCCUUUGCGCGGGCGGUCGCUCGAGUAGUGGUGACCAAGAUCUGUGAGAGCAUGUCGUUUGAGGGUAUCCAGGGUUCGGCAGCAGACACGCUGUCAGACAUCAUGCUGCGCUACAUCUCGGAGAUUGGAAGAGCAUCCCACAACUAUGCGGAGCUGGCGGGACGCUUCGAGAGCAACCUGAACGAUGUCUUGCUUGCGCUGGAGGACCUUGGAACUUCGUCGGACGACCUGAUGCUGUACACUGAUGAAGCCGAAGAGACGCCCUUUCCUCGCGCCCUGCCUUCCUUCCCCAUCCGCAAGCGGCCGCGUCACGCCACCCCCACCUUCCGCGACCAGGGGGAAGCACCCCCGCAGGCGCACAUCCCUGACUGGCUCCCCCCCUUGCCGGACCAGCACACCUAUGUCGCCACCCCUGCUUUCAACGCCCGGCCAGCAGACCCCCGCCAGGACAAGCUGAAGCUGGGGAAGGAGCGGCGGCAAGCGCAAAAGUCGCUCAUGUCGCUGCACAAGCGGACGCAGGAGGAAGUGGCGGCAGCCAGUCCCCCCCGGUCUGCCAAGGCGGAGCCGUGGGGCAGCCUGGCGGUGCAGGGGGACGAGCAGGCGGCCGUGCUGAGUGGGGAGGGCAGCCGCGUGGGGAGCAAGAGGGCAGCAGCAGCGGCUGCAGCCAACCCGUUCCUGGCGCGCCCGCGUCCCGCUGCCGAAGUCUCGAGACCAGUGCUAGCGGAGGAUCACGCAGCGCCCUCGGUUUUCGAGGCCUUCGAACCGGCUCUUCGGGAAACCAACGCACAGCUACCAGAGUUAGCAGACGAGGUCGUGCCGCAGUCAGUCGUCACUAAAGCAGCAGGCCAUCGAGCCGACCGCCAGAAAGAGCCUGGGGCUGAAGUGAGCGAGCGCGAAGGUCUUUCGACGGAUGUGGAGCGCGACCGGGUGUUGUUUGCGUUUGGGGUACCUGAUAAAGCACGAGUGAAAGGGCUUGCCGCGAAGAGCGGGCUGCCUAUGCGGAAUGGGACGGAGCUAGACCGCAGAAAACAAACGGGCAGGAAGACCAUAACGGAGGAUGCCGAGAAACGAAGAAAAGUCGAAGCAAUCUUUGCGAAAGCCGAACUUGCCGAACAGGGCCAAACUCACGCUGAAGGAGCGCAGGAGGACCCCGGAAAUAGACCACCAGGUGCUGAAGUCAUCUAAUGAGUCUGGGAGGCCCAGGAAUCCUUCUGGUGUUUCCGAGGGAUUCUCGCAUGUGAGGGCCUCGUGAACCUUCAGUCAACUGCGCAAGCGCAUCCAUGGUCGCAGAGGCCGCGAAGAUAAUGAAUUGUAACACCGGCGUAUGCACACAUAAACGCUGGUAGGGGG